GACCGUCUUUCACAUAACCAACGCCAUCUGAAACGGCCUGUGUUGUUCCAGCAGAGGGAAGAAAGAGAUGGAAUACCCGAUUCAACAGCCCCAGGCAGUCUGCGUUGUGGCUCAAUACUUCUGCGCCCCCUACCCUGUCGAACUCACUGUAAAGAGGAAACUCCUCACUCUUACCGGAGGAGACUUUACCGUCUCCGAUUCCAACGGUAAUGUCGUCUUCAAAGUCGCCGGAAAGGUACUCAGCCUCCAUGACCGCCGCGUUCUGCAGGACGCCGCUGGAAAUCCCCUGCUCACCAUGAAAGAAAAGGCGUUAACGAUGCACAGGCGAUGGGAAGCAUUCAGGGGCGAAAACUCCGAUCAGCAGAGUUUUAUCUUCUCUGCGAAGAAAUCGUCGCUGUUUCAGCUGAAGACGGCUCUUGAUGUGUUCAGGGCCGGUAAUAAGGACGAAAAACUGUGUGAUUUUCAUGUAAAGGGCAGCUAUUUCGACCGAUCUUGCACGGUUUAUCAAGGCAACAGGAUCGUCGCAGAGAUGAAGAGGAAAUACACAGUGGCAAACGUGUUAAUUGGGAAGGACACGUUUUCGGUGAUCGUGCAGCCUGGUGUGGAUUACGCCUUCAUUUCUGCUCUCAUUGUUAUUCUGGACGAGAUCAACAAAGAAGGUACCUCUGAAGACUAGACAAAUCUUUUGUGCUGCUGCUUCAUUUGGAUCCACCAACACGUCUGGACACAAUUGUUUUUUUUGCUUGUCUUUUUUUAUUGGGAAAAUUGUCGUGCUUCUCGACUAAGUUUAUUGGAAAAUUGCCGUGCUUAAAAUUUU